AGAGAGAUGUUGGGAGGGACUGCAGUGCGAAAUCUGCAGCAGAGUGAGAGCGGAAGCUGCUUAUGAAUGAGUGUCAGUCUUUCAGCUUUGCUAGAUGCUCCUGAGGACAUUUUACAUGAAUGGUGUCUGGCUGUGUGCUUUCCGCUACCGGGGAGACAAAGAUGCUUCAUUGCUGCUGGUUUUAAGGAGACUCUUGGGCUUCUUCUGUUAUCCUUUUGUUUUUGUUUUUCAUUGACUCAUCUGCCUGAGAAACAUGUCGUUCAUACUGUGUUUUUUUGAAUCGUACCAUUCAUGUAGUUCAACCAGGACCAAUUGCUGGGUAUUUUAGACAGGCUGUGUAUCUGUAUCUGCUUCCUUGUUGUGGAAUUGAAAUUUUUUAUUCCUUUGUUGCAGAAUGCUUAUAGAGAAUUAGUGAGACACAUUUAGACAAAUGGUCUCAAAACAGAGAUUUUAUGGAAAAUGGAAAAUGUUCUUUUUUUCUUUAUUGUAUUAAUGCCUGAUGAUUAAUAUUUUGUGCAGAAACAACAAUAAUAUUAAGUAGUCAUAUGUUUUUGAAAGUAGAAAACCGGAGACCAGGAGUGAUGUCUGCCCAUAUUCUGCAGCUGUUAUAAAUUAACAUGGACAAUGUAUUAAUGAUGUUACGUUUUUCUAGUCAUGCUAAAAUCUCACUAUAUUGUUUCUUUCAAUGAUUCAUAGAGAUUUCUUUUAUAACCUUUUAAGGAAAAUUACAUCUUUACGGUACAUUUAAAUAGAGGAAAAAAAGAAGCCUGUAAUUUUUGUUAGAGAAGAUUUUGGCAGGCCGCUCUGCUCAUAACUGUCUAUAUCAUGGAUGCUAGUUUUCAUUACUUAUUUCACUUCAUUUAUUAUUAACUCUGUGAUUAAUUUUAAUCUGUGUACCAUCCUUUUAUCACAACUUUUAUCAGUUCAUCCAUUUCGUUGGACGGUAAUUGUGCUUAACAUGAAUUCAAGCAAACUAUUAGGAAUAAUUAUUUUACUGAGUUAAAUAAUCAAGCUACCUCUCAUUCUUCAUUUCCUUUUUCUCGGAAAAACAAAUAAGAGGGUAAAAAUUACCGAGAAUAACUAUCAGACUGGGGAAUUUAAAAAUUGAUUGGUUCUAGUGUGCUGUAAGUGGGAGUUUUUUUUCUCUCCCUCCAACAGGAAGUGAUUUGCAGUGUUCAGCAAGCCUUUUGUUGAGAAGGUUUUCUCAGAUCAGUGAGUCAUGCUUCAGCUCUGAGCCGGCAGGCAGGCAGGCAGCAGUCAGUAGAGAGUAUUUGCUCUUCCCUCGCAGUAUCCGUGAUCAUCGACAACAUAGACCUUUCUCUGUUCUCUUACUUUUUGGAUUUUUGAGGCUAGAAAUAAGCAGCAGCAGCAGCAGCAGCAGCAGCAGCAGCAGCAUCAUCACAGCUGGAAACCAAACAAGCUGCACCACAACACUGGCAGCCUUUUAGAGACCUUUUUCCUCUCCAUCCUCUUCUUCCUCUGCUUCAAUGUUGUGUUUCCAUGGAUUGUGUCUGUAUAUUUCUCUCUGACGGACUGGAUUGCAGCUCUGGAUUUUACUGAAAGCAGAUUGGACUUUGGCGACAGUAGCAGCAGCAGCUCAACACAACCACCACUGUAACCUCAAUAGAGAAAAUUACAGUCAGGUGGCCUGUGAUUGCUAAAAGGCGUUUGCUGCCUGUACCGCUGCUGCUAUGUUACAGGAGAGGGUAAUCAGCACGGCUCAGCCACGUCUGCCAGCACACUUGUGAAAGAGACAGGCUGUGCGUGUCGGUUGGUGGAGAGAGGGGAGAGAGCAAGAGAGAGAAGGGUAUGCUUCACCGUACCAAAUACAACCGCUUCAGGAAUGAGUCAGUAACAUCCGUCGAUGAGCUUCUCCACGGCCUGUCCAUGAACCCCAAGGUCUCGGCCACCCCCCAGUCUGCUGCCGAGACAUCUUACACACCCCCGACUGAGGUCCAGCCCUCCUCCACCACCAGUGCUUCCAGCACCCCCACCAGCCACGGCUCUGACCACCUGGAAGAUGGAGGCACCACCCUCUGCACCCUCAUCAACAAGGUGUCCAGCCUGAAAUUCAGCAACUCAGGCAGCUUGCUGGGCAUCAAGGGUCUGCCCUCGGCUGUCAAGGACCUGGCUGUGUCUAAGCUGCAGGGGGGUGGGGGAUCGGGCUCAGGCAGCUCCAGUGGCUCGAGCCCCAGUGCGGCGACAGCAGCGGCAGCAGCCUCUGGUGUGGGCGGCUCUCUGUGCAGCUCGGCCUCCCAUUCAACCCCCUGCUCACAGCUGGAGCCAGCCGUCAGCAUGAGCAAGAAGAGCAGGCUGGAUGAGCUCCAGCCUGGUGGAGAGGACUGGAAUCCAGGUGGAGGUGGUGGACUGGUGAGCAAACCCUCUAGAGGAUGGCUACACUCGAGUGAGAAGAUCUCCGGUCCAGGAGUAACAUACAUUGUGAAGUACCUGGGUUGUAUAGAAGUCCUACGGUCGAUGAGAUCUCUGGAUUUCACCACAAGAUCACAGAUAACAAGGGAAGCCAUCAGUCUGGUUUGUGAGGCUGUUCCAGGGACCAAAGGAGCUCUGCGGAAGAGAAAGCCACCGUCCAAAGCUCUGUCCAGUAUCCUGGGAAAGAGCAACCUGCAGUUUGCUGGCAUGUCCAUCAACCUAAAUAUCUCCACCAGUAGCCUCAACCUGAUGACCCCUGACUGCAAACAGAUCAUAGCCAACCAUCAUAUGCAGUCCAUCUCGUUUGCAUCAGGUGGAGACCCUGACACGACAGAUUACGUUGCCUAUGUAGCAAAGGACCCUGUUAACAGAAGAGCGUGCCACAUCCUGGAGUGCUCUGACGGUCUGGCCCAGGAUGUCAUCAGCACCAUCGGCCAAGCCUUUGACCUUCGCUUCCAGCAGUACCUGCAGUGUCCCUCAAGCAAGCUGUCCUCCACACAUGACAGGGUAUUAAACAUGGAGGAGUUAGCAUGGACUGAGGAAGAGGAGGAGUCAGCAGAGCACCCUUACUAUAACAACAUCCCCGGAAAGAUGCCACCCCCUGGCGGCUUCAUCGACACCCGGCUGACCAAUCAGAAUGCAGCAGAUGGAUGUCAGAUGGGCCCAGGCUCAGUCGAUCAGACAUAUUAUCAGGGGCGGCACUGUGGAGAAAACUGGGGAGAUGAGAGAAAGCCCAUCUUCAUACAACAGGGAUCAUUUGAUAUAAGCAGUCUACCCGAGAGUAAAAGUCAGGCACCAAAAACAGGAGAGAUGCCCACAUAUGUGAACACCCAGCAGAUUGAUGCUCAGGUGCUGGCAGCACUCCAGGCAGAGGCAGAAAAUGUGACAAAGGGCAUGGCAGCUGCAGCCAAAGAGAGCCCACAGAAGGACCUGUUUGACAUGAAGCCCUUCGAGGAUGCCAUUCAGUCUCAGUCCCAUCCGCCGUCCCAGGGGCAGGCCCAGUCCCAGGUAUCCAGUCUUCACAAGGCCGCAUCUGUGGACAACUCAAGCCCCCUUCUUGUGCGCUCGCUGGCCUUCCGGGCACAGGAGGAGCUCGAGGGCCAGCCUUGGUACCAUGGCAAAAUGAGCCGCCGCGAUGCUGAAAAACUCCUGAAAGAAGACGGGGACUUCCUGGUUCGUAAGAGCACUACCAACCCAGGGUCCUACGUACUGACGGGCAUGCACAAUGGACUUGCCAAACACCUACUGCUGGUGGACCCUGAGGGCACGGUACGGACAAAAGAUCAUAUAUUUGACAGCAUUAGCCACCUUAUUGGCCAUCACCGUGACAACAAUCUGCCGAUUGUGUCAGCUGGGAGUGAACUGUGUCUCUUACAGCCGGUUGGAAGGAAACAGUGAUGCUUGCAAUGCCUGAUGGGAAAGAGGAAGCUCUGAACAGUCUCUCCUACCAUCCUGAAACUUGAAGAUGAAACAGAGAAGAGAAGAUGCUCAAAGGCUCAACGCGCUGACAGUGUUUUUUGGAGAAUUUGGCCACAGUUACUUUACUGGAGGCACUGGAAGGCGCAAGAUUUGUUUAAGAUAAAAAAAAAAAUAUUUAUAGAACUGUUAUUAUUUUGUUGUGAUGAUGACUGAAAUGCUAUAUUUUUGAGAAGACAUAGGUGCAUUUGGACAUAAUAUCUUGAUUUGGUGUUUUAAAAGAUUAAAAAAAAAAGACAGUUGUUCUUGUAGUUUAGAUGAAGUGCAAAUCAAACCUCAAAGAGGUAUUAACAAGAGUAUUUUAGAAUAAAAACCUGAAAUUUUAGUUUUGUCUGUCAAGCACAACCACAUUUCUACAGGAACCGUUGGCUAAGAGGUUGAGGAAACAAAAACAGUUUGGACAACAAAUGCUAUUUAUAUUGAAUUACUUUAGGAAAAAUGUCCUUUAAUCUCACCAAUAGCGUGACAGCUCACUCAAUUAGUCACUAUAUGAAAUCUGCUUUUAUCGGGGAUUAGAACUGAAUGUGUUUUGCUUUGCAGUAGUCACAAAGUGUUGGGAUGCAAACAGGCAUCCUUCAUAGUGCUGUCAAUGGCUUUAAAGAUAAACUUUUUAAAAAGUAUUUUCUUGUGUCACUGCAGUCGCAUGACUUAAAAAAUCAACUGUUCUUGUGGACAUUGUUCGUAGACCUUGAUACCCCUUUAUUUGAAAGAGGUGCUUGUGUAUGCUGACACUGUAAAAAUAUUUAUGCUUUUCAAACGGUGAUUAUUUCUGAA